CUGGGGGGACUAAAAAGGUGUAACGCCGCCAGAAACGCGUGGAAGAUGGGCGCCAGAGGGCUUCUGGGUCUUCUCUGGACAGGAAAAAGAUGCUUUCUUCAGGUUCCAGUUGGGUCAUCUCGGGUUCUGUGGUGUUACAAGAAGUCAACGUCUGUCACACAACAAGACUCUGUAUCGGUAGCUGAGAAUUUAAAGGAAGUAAAAUGUGGAAUAGAUGACUUGUACUCCUCUGAGCAGAGAUCUGCUGUUUUGCAGUUACUCAAUUCAGCCUCUGAAGAAGAACUUUCAGCUGUGAAACUAAUGCGAGGAAGGAAGUCCAUUAAUGUAAUAGAGUACAGGGAGAAGCAUGGGCCAUUUCAGGAUUUACAAAGUUUACUAGAUGUGCCUCUUUUUCAAUAUAAAACAGCUGUUAAAGUAUGUAACUUUAUUCUCAAUCCCCUUGCAAAAGAAGAAAGGAAAGAGAAAAAAAUGAACAAUCUGACAUCUGUAAUGAAAUAUAUCAAACCUGAAAUAGAAAUAGAGAGAUUGGAGACAGCCAACAGUAUUGUGUCUAUUGUCUUUGGCACCCGUAAAAUUGCAUGGGCUCACGUUGAUAGACACUUGGCUGUUCAGGACUGGCAGCAGCAAGAAUGCACAGUGUUUAUGAAAGGAACUUACAUCCCAUCAAUGUAUCUUGAAGAGAUUUCCUCUGUUGUAUCGAAGGUUCCAGAAGCAGAUUUUUACGUUUUAGAAAAGACUGGACUUUCUGCUCUGAAUGCAAGUUUGUUUCCAGUAACAUUACAUCUCCGUACAGUGGAAGCUAUGCUGUAUGCAUUGUUACACAAGACAUUUGCACAGGAUGGCCAAUACAAAGUACUAAGUAUGACACGAAGUGCUGUAGGAAAAUACUUUGGACUGAUGGUGGGGGAUGCCCGAACUAGUGGAAUAGAUCUGGUAAAACAGUUCCUCUCAGAAUUUGUUACCCAAGCCGAGUCCCGUGUGAGCUUUCCAAGAGACCAAGUGGUUUAUUAUAGAAAUAUAUUGUCAUCAAAUAAACAAAGGCGAGAAGAGGAGCUGUGUGACUCACUGCUACAGGCAGUAGCUUUUUAUGAACUAUUGUUGAAUAACACCGGUUAAUUCUUACUUGUAUUCGUUUUCAUUAAACUUGUUGGUAUAUAUGGUUUUUGGAACAUACAAUAUAAAUGGCAAACAUACUGCAGGAAGAUGCAUUAACUGUGUAGCUGACCUCUAUGCAAGAAGAUAGCAACAGAACUGGUGUAGUUGUGCUGUCUGGAAAACCGCUAAAGAAUGGAAUCCAUAUAAACCUUUUACCUGCAGAUAUAAAGCAUAGUAUAAAGUGCAAAUAAGCCAGCUAACACAAUCUUAAUUUGUGCUGUUGUACAGCUCUAGUAAAUGUGUGAGAGAAGACUUUUUCCACUCAGUUCUUCUUCUGAAGUAGUGGGUGAUUACUUAAUACAAUUUAUUACCGUACAUCACUCAGUUGAAAGUUUUGAUUAUUUCAGAGGAAAUAAAUUAUAAAUUAAUGCAUUUGGAAGUGGGAUGUUGGACAACUGGGCAAACAUCUUCUGUAGCAUCUCAACACUGAAACAUUAAAUCUAUAAAUUGUGUAGGUAUUUUUCCUUUGACAAAACUAUCAAUUUCCUUUUAGUUUACUAACCUUAUAACUUCUGGAUAAAUAAAAACAGAUUUCAGAAUCAUAAGAUCAUCAUUAAUAAGUACAUAGCCUCAGUUAAAUAAGCUAAUUUAAAUGUUUGGCGCUCCCAAAAUGUGUUAAGGGGUCAGAACAGCCACGGUGCUUUUGUACUUGAGGCUGCUUCAUCACAAACAGUUGUAAUACAGCUAUUUCUUCUAAUUAGGCAACAUGUAGUAGGGUUCAACAACCAUGAAAUAGACUAGUAUUCUUAGGCUGCAGUUAUGUUAGAGCACUACGUUAAUAUUUAUGGAAAUGGUUGUGGUUUUGGUGUGUGUGGUAUUUCACAGUUAGACAUUGGAUAUGUUCAGUAUGGUGCUUGCUUUGUAAUUGGUUGCAUGACUGUUGGGUCAGGUGUGUAACUACACUGGUCUAUAUUUACACUGUGCUAAAAGUGUAUAGGAUCUUCAGUCAUUUACUCCACAAGUACCUUAUUUUUUUAAUUACAGAUAAGAAGGGAAGGCCUUCUGAGUGGACUCAGAAAUAUAGUAUAGUCAGCUUUCUGUACCCAUGGAUUUAUUUAUCCACAGAUUCAAACAUCCACAGGUUAAAAAUAUAUAAAUUCCAAAAAGCAAACCUUGAAUUUGUAAUUUUAUAUAAGGCACACCAUUGUACUAUUCCAUUGUAUUGAACAGGACUUAAAAAUCCAAGGGGGAUCCUGGAAUCAAACCCCAGCAGAUACCAAGGGUUUACUGUAAACAUUUUCACAUUUAAAUGGGUAACAUCCUAAAAUAUAAGAACAGUUCAUCAGAACAAAACACAACAUGUUUUCAUGCCUAAAAGGUCACCUUGCAAGAAAUUACAAAAAUCCACAUAUUUAUUAUUUCACUGCAGAUACAUAAAUUUGGCCAAGGAAAAUUCAGUGAAGCAAUAGUAAAAAUAAAACACACAGUAUGAAAAUAAAAGAUACAAGGUUGGAUUUAAAUAUUCCUAAUGACCCUACAGUAAUAUCAGUAUAGAAAAGGCACUUGCACAGCUGUUUCUGCUGCCUUUGUUUCAUGUUGAUCUUUAUGCAUACAUAUGUGCAGUUUUGCAGGGAAAUUAUUUAGAAUAUGAAAAGCACCUUGACAGAAGAUAUAUAUAGUCUGUUAUUUAAAUACUUUAAAAAUAUCAAAAUAUAAACAAGCACUUUGAAUAUACAGUAAUGUUUUUUACAUGUACAAAGUCACUAUUGGGAUUUAUUUUAAGGGAAGUCUGUUGCCAAACUAUUCAAAAUUUCUUUGGGAAGAUGAAUUCCUUCAAGGUAGUGAAGAAACCUGUUUGAAAAGGAAAAGGGAAAAUGAACUUAUGAUCAAAAAGUAUUAUGAUGAAACCCAUAUGAAGUCAGUCACUUGACUAAUUCCAACCUGGUUAUUUAACAUUUUUUGUCUUGUAUGAUGCACAAUAAAAUUACAACCAUACACACAGUACUUUUUUCUGAAGUAAGGCCCAGUGAAUGCAAAGCAGUUUAUUUCUGAAAAAAACAUGAACAGAUUUGUGCUGUUAUUGAAAUAAAUGAAAAGUUACCUUC